AUGGAUAGUUUACAUGAGAUAAAUCCAGCGACUUCAAUUUCAAAAUUUCAAUAGACUGAAAGCAUUUACAUUCUUUUCCAUCGACUCUUCUUCAAUUUAUUUUGCCCUCUUAUAUUUACAGCCCAGUUCAUCCGUUUUCCUUCGUGGCUAAAGCCUCGUAAUAAUAAGACCAUCAUGUCGUCUCCAUUGAAUGCUGUACGUUUAUCCCUAUCAACAACUUGGUGGUCUGCAUCCAAGUCUGGACAAAAAUCUGACCGCAACUUCUUCAACAGCCCUUCUCUGGGGUUUGUUUUCUCAUUUUGAAAGUUUAUCAAUACUAACUCAGUGAUCCGAUAGAUUAAGAUGCGAAAGAAGAAGAACGUCAAGAAGGGUAUUCAGUUCUGUUUGAUGGUUUGCGGUGCAUCAGGCACAGGUACGGUGAUACGAAACACACGUAAAAAUGAGCGGUGGUAUUGACUGGAUCUCUCAGGACGAACUACUUUUGUGAAUACUUUAUGCGGCACAAAAGUUCUUCCCGGCAAGGACUCCGAUGAUGCUGCGAAUGCUCAUCUUGAGGAGGGUGUUAAGAUUAAGCCAAUCACAGUUGGUCGGUAGCACUUUGAUCUAGCCAUUGACCGAAAUUAAAACCCGACUAACACAUUAAUAGAGCUGGAAUUAGAUGAAGAAGGAACUCGUAUUUCACUCACAAUUGUCGACACUCCUGGCUUCGGGGACCAAAUCGACAAUGAGGCAAGGUAGGAGGAACAAUUUACAACGUGAAGAUUUCGAGCUGACAUAUGUGAAGUUUUGGAGAAAUUGUGGGUUACCUGGAGAGACAACACGACGGUAUUUUGGCAGAGGAGUCCCGUAUCAAGCGUAAUCCUCGUUUGAGCGACAACCGUGUGCAUGCUCUACUUUAUUUCAUCACCCCUACCGGCCACGGGUAUGUCGAAUCUCAACAUUUAUUUUGCGACUCAAAGCUGACGUGUCUCAUAGCCUCCGCGAAUUAGAUAUCGAGCUCAUGAAGCGCCUCUCCCCCAGAGUUAAUGUUAUUCCAGUCAUCGGAAAAGCCGAUUCCUUGACACCCGCUGAACUUGCAGAAUCAAAAAAGCUUGUCAUGGAGGAUAUUGAGCAUUACAGAAUUCCUGUCUACAACUUUCCUUACGACAUCGAAGAGGACGACGAAGACACAGUUGAGGAGAAUGCAGAGCUUCGUGGUUUGAUGCCAUUCGCCAUUGUAGGAUCCGAGGAGGUUGUUGACAUUGGUGGACGCCAAGUUCGUGCAAGACAAUAUCCAUGGGGUGUUGUAGAGGUCGAUGACCCGAGACAUUCAGACUUCCUUGCCAUUCGAAGUGCUCUUUUACACAGCCAUUUGGCAGAUUUGAAGGAAAUCACUCACGAUUUCUUGUAUGAAAACUACCGUACCGAGAAGCUUAGCAAGAGUGUUGAUGGUGGCCGUGGGAAGUAUGUUUUCGUUCCGAUUUAAUUGUACUUGACGAAUGCUAAUGACUUUACAGUGAUGCUUCUAUGAAUCCUGAAGACUUGGCCUCUCAAUCUGUCCGCUUAAAGGAAGAGCAACUCCGUCGUGAGGAGGAGAAGCUCAGAGAAGUCGAGAUCAAAGUACAAAGAGAGAUUGAAGUUAAGCGACAAGAGUUGUUAGCUCGUGAGAGUCAAUUGAAGGAGAUCGAGGCUAGAAUGCAACGCGAGCAAAGUGCCCAUCUCGAGGCAACCAACGGAACACACACGUCAGCGGAUGCUGAAGCUUAAUGGUGAUAUGUACAGGGGAAAUGUGUUUAUGCAUAGAAACAUGGAUGGAUGACUGGUGGCGAUUGAGAGGCCUGUCGAUUGCUGCACACGCUUUCGUUCGGAUUUCUGGAGCUGGGGAUUUUCUUUUUGCAGGUCGUCGACGGCGCUGCAUUUAUUCUGGCUUUUCAAACAGCUAAUAACGUAGUUUCUUAUUGCCUUCUAAUGUGCAGCUAAAUCGAUAUUUAUUUCUUACUAGGUCAAUAAUUCUU